AUGGAUGGAUCACCCCCGAAGACUAACCGAAAGGUACGUUUCUCGCUUCCCGAGCCCACCGUACCGGCCGUUCCCUCGACAGCACCGACCCAGAAGCAACGGAUGGCCCACGGUACGGUACAGUACGUCAACGGUACCCUCAUCAGUCAUCAGUCGCAGCAAACACACCCUCCAGCGGCAUCCCACGGCGGCGUCGGUCAGUCCCGUGCCCACCAAGCACUCCAGGUAACGCCCACUCCAACGUCCCUGUCGUCGUCGGGCCCGGGAGGUUGCAGCUUCAAGCCGAAGGAACUGAACAACAAAAUCGUUCUGCAUCUGAGACCAUCCGUCAGCUCUCUCGAUAGCAGUGGAAGCGAUCAGGGAUCAUCUCCCAAGGCCGGCCAAUCACCGGGCGCCUCCAUCGACGGCGGAAAGGGCGGCCCAUCGACGAACCGGCAGAAAUCGUUCUCCCAAAAAUCCACCCACGGAACCAACGGAACCACCGGAUCGGGUGGAGCCCGUUCGCUAAAGUCACUGCCACAGAUAAACCAGAAGUUCCCCAGCUCGGAGGACGUCAAUAAUAAUGUUGGCACGGGGGGCCCACCGACGAUCGGGGGUGUGGGUUCGGCGAGCAGGCAAAAAUCGAGUGACGAUCUCAGCUCGCUCGGCAUGUGGAACCACCCGGUGAAGAAGCCGACGAUUAUUUUGCGCACGAUUUCGGCCAGCGGAACCCAGCAGAAGAGCCUCACGGGGCGCACCUCGAGGGGGAAGGGUGGCCUGGGGAAGCUGCCGGCAUCCGGUGCGUCGUUCGGUGUGUCGCGCUCCACGAAGACGCUCAUCUCGCCGCAUCUGCAACCGAUGGAGGGUGGCGGUGGUGUGUUGAUAAGGGUGCAGGAAAAUUGCACCGCGGUCAAGUGUACGAACGAGGCAAACGGGGCGAGGAUCGACGAAAUCAACGUGUCCAGUAUUAUCCGUGCCACCAACCCUGGCUCAACCUCCACGACACCAACGACGACGACGACAACAGCGUCACGUCCGUACGGAAAAUCGAGCCAAUUUCUGGCCGUCCCGGAGUACAGCGAUCGGUACGAAGGCAUGGAGACGGUCGUGUCGGCCACGCUGCCCGACGAGGAGGAGGACGAUGACCUCGAGGACAGCGAACAAGACGCGGCCGAAGAGUCCGGUAACGGACGAAACGGGGCGAGAAAUGGUCACGCGGCGGAAGAAAACGGUGGCGGCGAUUCGAAAGCGAACCACAACCACAACCACAACAACCAUGUCAAUGAAGAGGACGACACGAGCUUCCGGUGCAGCCGGGACACGAAGCUUAGCCGGGACAAGAAUACCGCGCAGUUCUGGGACUUUGUCGAGCGAUGGCGCACCAAUCGGGCGUUGAAAAAGCUCGAAAGCGCCACCUACCAUCAUCGGUCGCCAUCUUCCUCGUCCGAUCCCCACCCGACCGGCGGCAGCAACGCGUCCAUCACGCCAGUUUCCAUCGGUGGUUCGAUCAAGUCGGACGCGAAAAGUCCCACGUUAAGUUCACGUAUUCGUGCCCUCAGAAUGAGCCUGGAGCAGGUACCGACGGUGACGACGCUACUACGGGCGUCCCGCGACGCCAACGAGUACCUGCUGAAGGAGGUCUUCCGAGACAUUCUGGAGAAUGGCAUCUCGAAGGAGAACCUCAACUCCACCGAUCGCAGCGGCAGGACGGCCAUAUCGUACAUAUGCUCGACGAAUUUAACCAACUUUUUGGAGCUAUUUCUGCAACUGCCCGGCAUUGAUGUCAACAAACCCGACAACGAGGGCAAUACGCCGCUGCACUUUGCAGCCCAAGCCGGACUUUCGGAUGUGGUGAACAUGCUCAUCACCAAGUGCCGCAGUUUGAUCAUCGACCCGAAGAACAACCUGGGCUUCACACCGCUGAUGAAGGCUGCCCUCCAGGGACGGACGCGCUGCGCCAAGCUGUUGCUGUUCGCUGGGGCAUCGCCAGUCGAAACCGAUGCCGGACGAGGAUUUAGGGCGGAACAGUGGGCGCGCUUCUGUGGAAGGCACACCUGUGCGGAAACGAUAGAGCAGUGCGCCCGAGCCCGGUUGCUGGACAAAUCGACACCCUGUGGCAGAUGGUCGCACGAUAUCAAUCUACCGGUGGACAAGAAUGCCCUCAAGGCACGUAGCUGCAGCAUCACGCCACAGCCAACGCAAAAUGGAUUUCGCUCCAAGUUCCGCAAAGUAUUCCCAUUCAAUUUCAACUCCUCGAAGGAAAAACCGGCCAGCAAGGAGGGCGAGGAAAACUACACGAAGGACCUGGUGAACUAUCUGAAGUCGGCCACGCUGUGCGUGAGCGGUCCCGCCCUGUCCGCCAACCGGAAAAUCAUCCAGAGCCUAAUCCGACCGUUGGAAGUGCCAAAACUGGAGGUAACGUACGCGAACAACAAUGCGCUCAUCAAAAAGUAUGAGGCAACGAUCGAGAACGGUGCCACGGAUGCCGGGCGCCGCGACUCGGUGGAAGGAACCACCGACAGCCGGAAUGGGACACCGGCUCACUCGCCAGUACCGACCAGGGCGAAAGUACGAAAUUAGAUCGGUUCUUUCCCGCUGCUGCAAAAACGGCUGUAGAUCCUGGAAGGGCACCAAUCGGAUCUACGAAACGAUAGAACGAUCGUGAAUGAUCUUUAAUGAAUCCACUCCAAAUCUCGUAUAGAAACAUACAAAAAAAUAUACCUUAAGUUUACAAAACACACCGACACAAGUCCCCCUAUUGUGUACUAUCGAAUUGCUACUCCAACAAACAUAUCCUUUUUUCGCCGUAGUAUAAUAGAGUAAGAGCAAAUAGCAAAACCAAAUCAUUUUGAUGAGGAUUUCAUAUCGGCAUUUUCAAGUUUUCAAUGUUAUCUCAUGUAAAAUAUGAAAAUCGUUGGAAAAUAGGACGGUAAGGAGGGAAUUGUAGCAUCUCAUUGCAUAAUGUGAGGUUUGUACUUUCACGCAUCAAAUUAGACUAAACUACGUAUAAGUUAUGAAAGCUCUAUUACUCACUUUGCAUCGUAAAACCAAGCGAAUGAAAAAGUCAACCAUUGUA